GUUCACAUGGCUCUCGUCCAAUUAUCAAAAGACUUGGUCGGUAUUGUUUUGAUAAACCACAAAACAAAAUAGCAACCUAAAUAAAAAUAAAAAUAAAAAUAGAUAGGUUGGAAAUCAUUUUUUUGGGAAUGAAAAUCCAAAAUAUACCCAGACAAUAAUGCGAGUGUGGUAUAACUCUAUAAAGUGAGUGUCUUCAGAAGUUUGUGUAUAAAAGGAACGCAACUUCACAGACAUACUCAGUUGUAAGUUUCUGAGCAUCUCUAUCCAACUUACACAAACACAAGUAGUAGUAGUAGUUUUGUUUCUUGCUGCUUCUUCUCCAACUUCGGAUAAAUGGAAGGGAAUAAGGCGAGCUGGUCGAUUGCAGAUACGGUAGACUACAAAGGUUUUCCGGCCGAUAAAUCGAAAACCGGUGGCUGGAUACCAGCUGUUUUGAUCCUAGGAAUUGAAAUAUGCGAGAGGUUGACAACCAUGGGAAUAGCAGUGAACCUUGUGACAUAUCUAGGAGGAACGAUGCAUCUCUCAAGUGCUACUUCUGCAAAUAUCGUGACCGAUUUCAUGGGAACAUCUUUCCUCCUCUGUUUGCUAGGAGGUUUCCUAGCAGAUUCAUACUUAGGCAGAUACAAAACUAUUGCCAUUUUCGCUGUUGUCCAAGGACUGGGAACUUCCAUGUUAGCUUUAUCAACCAAACUGCCGCAGUUACGUCCACCACCAUGUAACAACAAUAUAGGCCCUGAAAAAUGUGAAAAGGCCAACGGAAUCCAAAUGGGAGUUCUAUAUCUUUCACUGUAUCUAGUUGCACUUGGCACUGGAGGACUUAAAGCGUGCGUAUCAGGAUUCGGAACCGAUCAGUUUGACGAGAAAGACAAGAAGGAGAAGACUCAAAUGGAUUACUUCUUUCAAAGAUUUUUCUUUUUCGUUAGCUUGGGUACUCUAUUGGCUGUCACAGUUUUGGUUUACAUACAAGAUCACGUCGGUCGGAGUUGGGCUUAUGGUAUCUGUUCAGUCUCGAUUUUUACCGCCAUCUGUAUAUUCUUAUCGGGGACUAAGAAGUACAGGUACAAGAAAAGCUUUGGGAGUCCUGCUGUUCAGAUAUUUCAAGUCAUUGCGGCUUCUAUAAAGAAAAGGAAGCUUGAAUUUCCUUCUAGUAUUGAGUUAGCUUACGAGGAUUCAUCCGAGGAUCGGAGAAUUCAGCAUACAGAUCAGUUUCGUUUCUUGGACAAAGCUUCAAUUGUUGCUACAGAAGACGAGAAGUAUAAGCAUUUGCCACCAAACCCCUGGCAGUUAUGCUCAGUGACAAAAGUGGAGGAGGUGAAAAUGAUGAUCAGAUUACUGCCAAUUUGGGCGACAACAAUCCUAUUUUGGACCACAUAUGCACAGAUGAUGACAUUCUCUGUUGAACAAGCUGCAACCAUGCACAGGUCAAUAGGGAGUUUCCAGAUUCCUGCAGGCUCUCUCACUGUCUUCUUUGUAGGAGCUAUUUUGAUAACUAUUGCAGUCUAUGAUCAGCUGGUAAUGCCACUCUGGAAAAAGUGGAAAGGAACUCAAGGAUUCACAGAUAUGCAGAGAAUUGCCAUUGGGCUUAUGCUAUCAACAUUAGGGAUGGCAUUUGCAGCUAUUUCCGAGGUUAAGCGUUUGUCUGUCGCCAAAUAUGCUGGUGAUCACAUUGCAGCUAAUUCGACUCUACCAGUAAGCGUUUUCAUCUUGAUCCCACAGUUCAUCUUUGUUGGUUCUGGAGAAGCAUUCAUUUAUACAGGUCAGCUUGAUUUCUUCAUAACCCGGGCGCCCAAAGGGAUGAAGAGUAUGAGCACAGGACUCUUCUUAACAACUCUAUCACUUGGCUUCUUCGUUAGUAGUUUGCUAGUCUCAAUUAUAAAGGCAAUAACUGGCCGAAAUGGUGGUGAUGGAUGGUUAGCCGAUAAUAUCAACGAUGCUAGGCUCGAUUACUUCUACGGGCUUUUAGCUGUGUUAAGCUUGGUUAACUUUGGAUUGUUUAUUUGGAGUGCAAUUUGGUACAAAAGAAAUGCACCUAGUAAGAAUUCUUCCGUGGAGAUGGAAAGUAUUAAAACCAUCUCCUACGACGAAGAAAAGUGAUUGCAGAAUUUGGAAUAGGUUUUGUGUUUUCUGUUCUUAGCUUCAAGAUAUAUUGUAAUGGCUCAAUAAUUCAUGUAAUUUUGUAUCUGUGCACACUCAAAUCUGAACUUGUGUAAAAGCAUAUCGCUUUCUGUGAAUCGGUGUUUCUUGUCAUUUGA